AAGAACAAAAGUCCGACACACCCAUUUUUCACAGGAUCUAUGCCACUUUCCAGCCUCCUGCCCCUGUCCGACCUUGCGCAUCAUAUUCACAGCUCAACCCACGCUGCGCAGCAAGGAGCAAUCUGUUUUCGGCAGGCGGUCUCGCCAAACUCCAAACCUCGCCAUCGCAUCUCCUACCAGUGCCACCACGGCUUGCCCUAGCACAUCGUGACAAGCUGACAACACCUGAGAAUCCUUCGCGACUCACCUUAAUCAAGGCCGUGAUUGUCCAGAGACCGAUUUGCGACCUCAUUUCGUGAUUGCUGGCAUUGACACACAUCCUUGUCACCUGAUCAAACCCACUCUCGGAAUCAAUCCGACUCAUUUCUAGGCCGCGCUGAAAAUUCCUCUUGCGCGCAAAAAGUCUUCAGCCCUCCGACACGAUCAAUCACUUUUUCUUCUUCUUUGACAAGUCACAAUCUGUCCUUUGAUCGCGCCCUGAAUUCUUCAUACGCGACAGCCACAAUGGCCGAACCACCUCGCGACAUUUCCUCCAUCCUCGCUGCCCUAGGCGCAGCACAAAGAGGCACCUCUUCGACGCCGACCCAAGGACAGCCCGGCAUGCCGCCCAGCUAUCCUCCUCCUCCCGGUGGCCAGCCGCCUCCUUCCUACCCCCCGAUGCCCCAGCAGAACGCGCCCCCGUAUGGCGGCGGCGGUGGCUACCCGGGACUCCCCCAGCCUUCAUCCAGCGGCAGUCUGGAUCUUAGCUCGAUCCGACCCGUCAACUCUGGCACAGUCAGCAUCGCCGAUGCCAUCGCGCAAGCCAAGGCCUUCGCUGCUGAGAAGGGCGUGACAUCCUACGACCGACCCCUCGUCUACUCCAACGAAGCUCCCCGUGGCCAGGAUUCUCGAGCCUACGGCCGAUCCUCGCGGUCGCGCUCUCCUUCCAACCGUCGCGACCAGUUCCGCGACAACUUCAACCCCUACAGAGACGAGCGCCGGGAUGAUCGCCCUGCUCCACGAGACUAUGGCCACCGCGAGCGAUCCUACAGCCCUGGCCCGCGUGGUCGCACUUUCUCUCCUCGCAACUCUAACGGCAGAGAGCGAUCUCCACUGAGAGGAAGUGGUGGCGGUGACGACAACGCCGAGACAAUUCAAAUCGAGUCGAGCCUUGUUGGUCUCAUUAUCGGUAGACAAGGCGAGAACCUUCGUCGCAUCGAGUCAGAGUCCAACUGUCGGGUGCAGUUCCUCCCCUCCAGCGAUAACGGUCCUUUCCGCCAGUGCAAGAUCAGUGGUCCCAGGGCACAGCGCAGCGAAGUCAAGGAGGCCAUCAACCGCAUUAUCGACGAUAGCGGCAUGGGCGCCAUCAACCGUGGCGCUGCGAACCCCAAGGGACCCCCACCUCGCGACCACCGCGGCGGACCACCUGGAGCAAGCGCUGCCGCCGCCGCCGGAGCCGGAGCUGCAGCUCUUCGCGACGGCGAGGACUGCAUGCAGAUUAUGGUACCCGAUAGAACCGUGGGCCUGAUCAUCGGUCGCGGUGGUGAGACCAUUCGCGAUUUGCAGGAGCGGUCUGGCUGCCACAUCAAUAUUGUUGGUGAAUCCAAGAGUGUCAAUGGACUUCGACCUGUCAACCUCAUCGGCUCUCGUGAAUCAGCUGCCCAAGCCAAGGAUCUGAUCAUGGAAAUUGUGGAUAGCGACAGCCGAAACGAGGGCCAACCUGCAGCCCCCGCCAAGAAGCCGCAGAGACACGACGGCGGUGGUCAUCAGAGAGACUCGGGGCCCAUGGGUGGAGCGGGCGGCGGCAGCGGUGACAAGAUCAACGACGCCAUCUACGUCCCAUCCGAGGCUGUGGGUAUGAUUAUUGGCAAGGGUGGCGAGACCAUCCGUGAUAUGCAGAAUGGCACUGGUUGCAAGAUCAAUGUUGCCCAGUCUUCCGGUCCAGGCGAGGUUCAGCGUGAGAUUGCCCUCAUCGGCUCGCGGGAUAGUAUCGCCAGAGCCAAGCAGGCGAUUGAAGAGAAGGUCGACGCAGUGCGCCAGAAGAACUCUGGAGGCGGUGGCGGUGGUCGCGGUCGUCAAAACCAAGACUAUGACAGAAGCUACUCUCAACAGGGAUCUAACCCAUCAGCAUCAGGAUCUGCUAACCCACCAGCUGCUCAAGCUCCCGCUGGAGCCGACGGAGCCGACCCAUAUGCGCAAUAUGGUGGAUACCAGAACUACCUUGCCCUCUGGUACCAGUCUCUCGUUUAUCAGCAACAACAAGGCGGCGGUGCGGCCGGUCAGCCCGGCGCAGCGCCUCCUGGAGCCUCAUAGAGGUUUUUGCAUGCACCCUUUCCGGUAGGGGACAUGCUUGUGUGAUGUGAUUGAUCACUUGCCUUGGACCUCGACUUGAUGCCUCUUUUCGCAUUACGUAUACUGAAGCAUCGCACAUGCACGUUGACUAUGGAGGCUCAUGGCAGUGCGCAUUUACGAACCAUUCGACGACUGAUACCUUCUUAUUCCGCUGGACUUGCAACAGCACAGCGCCCACCUUGUUUUCUUUGGACAAAACCACGAAUUGGGGGAGAGGACCACCCACGGAAGAGCUAGGCAAGCUGCCUCUGGCUUUGCUUAAGCGCGCUGAUAUCUCGAUGCACUGAACCCGGCAUUUGACGAUGAUGAUGGCACGUUCUCGCUUGCACAUGAUCCUUGACUGUCAUGAACUGGAUUCGACUCUUGACAUGGACAUGGUGCUCAAUGCUGCUCUGCGACAUGGACUUACUCCACAUUCUCCAUGAUGCACGCUCCUGACGCCUAUGUGACGGCAAGGACACCUUUUUGCUGGGUCUUGCGAGCAUUCCUGGACUUGACAACUUUGGCACCUGCUGCCUCGUGGAACAUUUGCAAGAGUGGCCAUGAUGAACUAUUGAGACCCUUGCCUGCUGUCAUGAUGCAGCUGCAGGGCACUACUUGGGUGUGGUUCGCCUGAGGACAUACUCUGCCUCGAGGAAUGGCAUCCGCCUCAACCUCAUCUGCAUGGUUUUCAACUGAAUCUUUCCGUGGAUGCACGGUCACAUUUUUCCCGAGUAAAGCUUGCUUCCACGGGUUCUAUCGUAUACCACGGGUUCUAUCGUAUAGUCCAUCUUCCCUUCUCAGUCUUCGUGGGUACAAUUGCCUAACCGGCAUCUUUUCAUGCGAUAUGCAAAAUUGAUUCCCAAUUCUCUUUUCUUUCCGGUGGAUGAAGCGCAACUAGGGAGGCGAAACAGGCAAAGGGAAAACAAAAACAAAAAGCGCACUCUGUAUAAUAGUUAAUUCCGAGUCGAAUGAAUUCUCCCGAC